AUGGGUUCGUUGAGUAAUAAUCUCGGAUCUGAUAAGAAUACUACUACUACUACUACUACUACUACUACUACUACUACUACUACUACUACUACUACUACUACUACUACUACUACUACUACUACUACUACUACUACUACUACUACUACUACUACUACUACUACUACUACUACUACUACUACUACUACUACUACUACUACUACUACUACUACUACUACUACUACUACUACUACUACUACUACUACUACUACUACUACUACUACUACUACUACUACUACUACUACUACUACUACUACUACUACUACUACUACUACUACUACUACUACUACUACUACUACUACUACUACUACUACUACUACUACUACUACUACUACUACUACUACUACUACUACUACUACUACUACUACUACUACUACUACUACUACUACUACUACUACUACUACUACUACUACUACUACUACUACUACUACUACUACUACUACUACUACUACUACUACUACUACUACUACUACUACUACUACUACUACUACUACUACUACUACUACUACUACUACUACUACUACUACUACUACUACUACUACUACUACUACUACUACUACUACUACUACUACUACUACUACUACUACUACUACUACUACUACUACUACUACUACUACUACUACUACUACUACUACUACUACUACUACUACUACUACUACUACUACUACUACUACUACUACUACUACUACUACUACUACUACUACUACUACUACUACUACUACUACUACUACUACUACUACUACUACUACUACUACUACUACUACUACUACUACUACUACUACUACUACUACUACUACUACUACUACUACUACUACUACUACUACUACUACUACUACUACUACUACUACUACUACUACUACUACUACUACUACUACUACUACUACUACUACUACUACUACUACUACUACUACUACUACUACUACUACUACUACUACUACUACUACUACUACUACUACUACUACUACUACUACUACUACUACUACUACUACUACUACUACUACUACUACUACUACUACUACUACUACUACUACUACUACUACUACUACUACUACUACUACUACUACUACUACUACUACUACUACUACUACUACUACUACUACUACUACUACUACUACUACUACUACUACUACUACUACUACUACUACUACUACUACUACUACUACUACUACUACUACUACUACUACUACUACUACUACUACUACUACUACUACUACUACUACUACUACUACUACUACUACUACUACUACUACUACUACUACUACUACUACUACUACUACUACUACUACUACUACUACUACUACUACUACUACUACUACUACUACUACUACUACUACUACUACUACUACUACUACUACUACUACUACUACUAUUGGCUUUUUUCUCCACAGUAAUGUUUUUUCAUCAACGUGA